AUGGCAGCAGAGGUCCGACUGAAGAAACUGGAGGAGCUGGUCCUUGACCCCAGGGUGGUGGGCUUGGAGACCCUGGUGGACCUCCUGCUCUGCGUACAUCAUGAGCUGAGCACUUCACCCCUGGCCCAGGAGAAAUACAUCAUGGACUUCCUGCAGUGGGCGGAUCCACUAACCUCCAGACUGAAACAGCUCCGGCUGCAACGAGAUGACUUUGAGAUCCUAAAAGUGAUCGGCCGAGGAGCUUUCAGCGAGGUGGCAGUGGUGAAGCAGAAGAGGACCUCUCAGGUGUAUGCCAUGAAAAUAAUGAAUAAAUGGGACAUGUUGAAACGGGGAGAGGUUUCCUGCUACAGAGAGGAGAGGGACGUCCUGGUGAACGGAAACAAGCGCUGGAUCACGCAGUUGCAUUUUGCCUUCCAGGAUGAGAAUUACCUGUACCUGGUGAUGGACUAUUAUGUUGGGGGUGACCUCCUGACCUUGCUGAGCAAAUUUGGUGACCGCAUCCCGCUGGAGAUGGCCCAGUUCUACUUGGCCGAGAUGGUGAUGGCCAUUGACUCCAUCCACAGCAUGGGCUACGUGCACAGGGACAUCAAACCCGACAACAUCCUGCUCGAUCGAUGUGGGCACAUCCGGCUGGGGGAUUUUGGAUCCUGUCUCAAGCUACGAGAAGAUGGGACGGUCUGUUCCACAGUGGCAGUGGGCACCCCGGAUUACCUCUCCCCGGAGAUCUUGCGAGCAGUGGAAGAUGGGCUUCAUUCCUACAGCACAGAAUGCGACUGGUGGUCUCUGGGCAUUUUUGCCUAUGAGAUGUUCUUUGGCCACACCCCCUUCUUUGCCGACUCCGUCGUGGAGACCUAUGGCAAGAUCCUGCACUUCAAGGAGCAUUUCCGGUUUCCCCUCUCGGACCCAGAGAUCCCCCCGGAAGCCCAGGCCUUGAUCGAAGGGCUGAUCUGUUCCCGGGAGACACGCCUGGGACGUAACGGAGUCCAGGACUUCAAGGAGCACCCCUUCUUCGUUGGCAUCGAUUGGCAGGGCCUGCGGGACUGCGCCCCGUCCUUUGUGCCCGAGUUCGCCAACGCCACCGACACGUGCAACUUCGACGUGGUGGACGACUGCCUCACCGACAUGGUGAGCGGGGGAGGGGAGACCCUGUCGGACGUCCUCGAGGCCUCUCCCCUCGGAGUGCAGCUUCCCUUUGUGGGGUACUCCUACACUUACACGGCUGUGAAACAGAAUCAUCCCGAGGGACGCGACCGAGGUCCCAUCGCCAUGGAGGUGGAGGCUGCUGGGAAGAUGCCCUCAGGCGAAGCGCAGGAAACGCCUUCAGAGGAGCUGGCAUGUAAACUGCCCGAUGGGCAGAAGCUGGACCAGUCCAUGUUUCUCGAACUGCAGGCAGCCUUCGAGGAGGAACUGAAAAGCCGGGAGAUGCUGUGUCAAGAGCUCAGUGUGAUCAAGGUGGCCAACCAGACUUUUGCCAGCCAGCUAAAGGACGCCGAGAGCCGAAAUGUGGAACUGGAAGCUCAGAUCAAACACUUGAAGGACCAGAUGGCAGCCAUGAAAGCAGCACAUGAGGAGGCUGCUUUAGGCUGCAGCCCAUCCUGGCCCCCCAACCUCACCCAGCCUGUCUUCCACUGCGUGGAACGGCCAGCUCAUCAAAGUGGCACCGUGGCAUCCCGGCUCUGUGAAUACCCGCUUGUGGUACCUCUGUACCGGCACUUGCUGCUCUUUUCGAGGGUACGUAGACCCUGCAUCGUCCACGUGGGAUACCUGCUCCUGUGCAACGGUGGGAUGGGACUGGAUGCCUCCAACUGGGGCCGAGCGGAAACCGUUUGAACACUGGCUGGGGCAAGGAAGAGGCGGGCACGCCAGCUGCUUGCUGCCGCCCCACCAAACCCUAGAAAUGGGGGCAAACCCCUUUGAUGGAGGACUCCCUUGGGCCAAGACGGCGAGGCCAGGU